CGCCCUCCUCGGGCUCUCACUGGGCGGGCGGCCCGCGGCGCGCUGGCGUCACGGCGGAGCGCGAGGGGAGCGGCGGGGCCGGCGGCGGGAGGAGGCGGAAGAAUGUCAGUGGCUGCUUACUGUAUAUUUUGCUGUAGGCAGAUAAGAACCUCUGGUCCACCGACCCAAAAAACCUUACCCUGGAAUGAUAUAAGAAAAGUUGCAAAGGUAACUGGAUCACUUGUACUAGGAGGUUUUGUAUUCAUUACAUAUGAAGUUCUGUCCUUAAAGAAAUUACUCCAAAUCGAUACUCAAGCUAUACAUCAAGAAAAACUUAAAUCCCAUGUAUAUAUACGAACAUCUUCUCUAAAUCCAAGUGAAUAUCAAGGGAUCACAUACCAUGCCAGAAAAGAAAUCCAUAAAGCAGUGAGGAAAAUUCUAGAAACAGAAGCUAAACUUUUCUGGAGGCCUUAUAAUGAACACUUCAGUACGUUUGAUGGAGAAGAUCAUGAAUGUGCCUUAUGGCUCCUCUUGAAAAGGACUCAGUCAGAAAACAAAGAGGUGCGACUGCAGGCUGUACAGGAUCUGGCAAAGAACGCUCACUGGCAUGAUUAUCAAUAUGGUACAGUUGCUCAAGCCUGUGAUCAGAGGACUGCUAUAGGUUUGGCUCGAUCCAAAGAUGUCGACCUUCGCUUUUUCCUGCCUCCACCAUCGCUGCCAAAAAUGAAGAAUGAUUAUCUCAUAGAAGAUCAGCUUCGUUUGUUAUUAGUGUCAUUGCCUCAGACUGGUCUUGAUCCAUGUGUCCAAUACUUCACAUCUCUUGCUUUACGUGAAAGUAGUCAGACUCUUGCUGCACAAAGGGGAGGCUUAUGGUGUUUUGGGGGAAAUGGACUUCCAUAUUGUGAGACAUUGAGUAAAAUUCCUUCAGAGACAGUAGAACUCUUCUGCUUGCAAGCUUUAGUGCAACAUUCUAAGGUUUCUUCUCACUGUGAUAAAAUUGAAGCUCAAGGAGGCCUUCAGCUGCUACAGAGGAUAUACCGGCUACGUAAAGAUUCUGCAAAAAUACAGAGGAACAUAAUUCGCAUUAUUGGAAAUAUGGCUUUGGAUGAACGUCUUCAUUCAUCCAUAGUACGUGCAGGUUGGGUUUCUGUGCUUGCUGAAGUAAUGAAAUCCCCACACGUCAUUCAGUCGUCUCAUGCAUCCAGAGCUUUGGCUAAUCUAGACAGGGACACGGUACAAGAGAAGUAUCCAGAUGGUGUUUACAUCUUACAUCCACAAUAUCGUAGCAGUCAGCCCAUCAGAGCAGAUAUCCUUUUUGUUCACGGUCUUUUGGGAGCAGCAUUUAAAACCUGGCGACAGCAAGACGUUGACCAGCCUUUGGAUAAAAAGGCUUCAGAAGUGGAAGAGGAAUACAGCCAGUGCUGGCCAAAGACAUGGCUGGCUUCAGACUGUCCCACCCUUAGAAUCAUAUCUGUGGAAUAUGACACACGUUUGAGUGACUGGAAAGCAAAAUGUCCUGUUGAGCCUCACAGGAAGUCGAUUGCUUACAGGAGCAAUGAGCUUCUUGAGAAGCUCAGAGCUGCUGGGAUUGGAGAUAGACCCCUAGUAUGGGUGUCACACAGCAUGGGUGGUCUUCUAGUCAAAAAGAUGCUGGUGGAUGCUUCCAAGAAUCCAGAAAUGGAUAAAAUUGUAAACAACACAAGAGGAAUCAUAUUUUAUAGUGUACCUCACCAUGGUUCCCAGCUGGCUGAAUAUUCUAUAAAUGCCAGAUAUCUUCUCUUUCCUUCUGUGGAGGUUAAAGAACUCAGCAAGGAUUCUCCCGCCCUUAAAGAGCUGAAUGAUGACUUCCUGUCUUUCGCCAAAGAUAAGGAAUUUCCAGUGCUGAGUUUUGCCGAAACCUUACCCACACACAUAGGCAGCAUGAUAAAACUGCAUGUCGUACCACUAGAAUCAGCAAGGUUAGGUAUUGGAGACCUUAUUCCAGUGGAUGUAAAUCAUCUUAAUGUUUGUAAGCCAAAGAAUAAGAAUGCUUUCCUGUACCAGCGCACGCUGAAGUUCAUUCAGGACGUUUUAGCCACAGAGCUCGGAGACUGAGGUUUUUGCCAUCCUUGUCUACUUAUUUCCACUAUUUGGUGUAACACAGUAAGUUCUCCUAACAUUUGUUAGAAGAUCCGCAGAACCACAGAGAUGCUACGUCAAUAGUAUCUGCUGCUAAAACAAUUUUUACUACAUCUCCAAUUUAGAGACCUCUCUAACUUACUUCUAAAAUAUUUUCAAAACGAAUACAAACUGAAAGACAGUCCCAUAAACGUGGCAAAAAGAAAGUGAAUGUUGGCUUAGAGUAACCAUGAUCUGUUGACAAAAAGUGUGCAAAUUCUCCAGCAAUCUGGCAGAGAAGGGAUGGGGAGUCAGUGGAAAAUAAGUUUCACUCAGUAUACAGAUAUCCCUCUGGAGUAAUAAGUAGACUCUGGAGGGUGCCUGUGCAUCUCCUUUUAGCCAGGAAAGGUUGCUCUGAAGGUAGGUAGUCUCGUUAAAGUCAGUAUACAUUUGGGAUUAAAGUCUUAUGUUGAGAAUCAGAAACAAUUAAUUGAGAUGGUUAUUUGUUGAGUAAAAAGGGGGAAGAAGCAUGUGGCUGUCUUCAAGCUUUGGUUUACUGUCCAUGUUCAGUAGUGUGUGACAGAAGCCUGAGGACAUUUAUCCAAGUGAGUGAAGGUAGCAUUUCUGUCAGUGGCCCAAGUACAGGCGUUUUUGUAAUUUGCCUUGGUGAAAAUGCAGAGGAUCCCAAGCAUUCGGUUUCUGGUGCCCAAGUGUAUUUACUGGUGUAGAUACAGCGAAAGACAGAAGUGGUGUCUUGUUUGACUUUAUGGUAAGGAUACCUUAACAGUACUGAUGAGAAAUAUUUAUUUUUAGAUGAAAACAUGGCACUGCUCAGCCACUUUUUUAAAGGCACAGAUAGUUUGCAACAUAGUUAAGAGAAGCUAGUCUAACUGUGGUCUCCUUCCUUCCUUCCCUUCCACCCCCAACUCUCUCUGACGACAAGCAUAGGCUAUGGUUAGGCUAUGCUCCCCUGGCUGACGAGUUGUUAAAUAAGGCCUGUAUUGAUGACAGGCUGAAGACACCUCUUAGCAUCACUUAUGUGAGAUGGAUCUGAUAUUACUGGCCUUGGAAUUACGGCUAUAAAAACCGCCAGAGAUGCGAUGCUCCUUGCAGUUCUGUGUGGGCUUGGUGUGGGGGUCAGUGGCCAUUGCAGUCCUGCCAGGUUCUGAGGCCCCCUCAGCUCUUCUCACUGCAGAGCACUCUAGUCCAGGAGGACACUGCAUAACAAAAUACAUCUUUAGAAGUUGAGCCUUGACCUGCUGGAGCUGCAUGGUAAAAUUCACAGCUCGCAGCAGUACAGAGAACGUGCAGGACUGCACUAGCAAAAAGAGCAUUUUUUCCCCCUAAGCGAGAUACAGGAAAGAACGCUAGAUGGCAGUAUUUCAAAUAAAAAAUGUACCAGAAUCUUUCCUAAUUUCUAAAGAGGUUUAUCCUGUUUACACCGUGGUUUAAACUUCAGAGGGUAAAUAUAUCAGCACACUUUGUAUUCACAAAGUAAAAGGUAUGUUGAAUUCAUUGUCAAUAGACAGGACUUCUAAUAACUGUGUUCAGUGUGACAAGUCUUGUAUUGAUUUUAAUAGAGUUCUUUGGCUUCAGGGGACUCAGAUCAAUGACAUAACAUUAAUCUUGUUCAGUAAUGCAUCUGUGUUUUGUUACUGUAACUGGAACUUGAGACAACUUUCUCCUUUUUGUUAUCGUGUGUGUAUAUAUGUGUAACUUUUAAAAUUAACUUUCAGGGUGUUUUUUCUGUGUAUGGUAAUUAAAUGUGUUUUUAAAAAUGUAUUAGAUAUGCCACAAAAUGUAUUAAAGGUGAACGAUCU